GUUGUAGGUGUAUUCUCUGUCGCGUGGAGCAGUCUUUUAGUCUGGCUAAGCGAAAAUAGUCUGAAGUUUGCCUUUUGCGGGGCUACCGACGGAGGAAGGAAAGAACUAUUUGAUUUGGUUCUUGAGUUUCUAUGGACGUUUUUGCUCCUUGGCUUUGGUUCCUCUAUCUUGGUUAGGAAGAAGCCCUCUUCACUCUUCUCUCGUAUCCGCGACAAAGCCCCAAGAAACCAAGUAACCCGUCAAACAAGCAGCAAAACGUUACUUACUCCUUGGGCAUCAUGGCUGAGGCAAGAGGCCCCACUCACCUUCUAGAUGUCUGUGGCCAAAAGUUUUCAGAAUUCCUGUUCAAUGCGGAACAUAAAUCCUUGGUAUGGCUGCGGGAAAUUGAGGAGGAAGCCCUAAAGAUGUUCAGUAGCAAAUUCAGUGCUGAGCCCGAGCUGAUGCCUAAAACGCCAUCUCAGAGGAAACAUCGAAAGAAGAAGCGAUCUUUGUCUUUUAAAGAUGAAAAUAAGGAACUAACUCGAAAAAGACUAUCUAGAAGACGAAGCAGUGUAAAGACAGCAUCUUUUCCAAGGCUUUCCCUAAGCCAAGAGGGGCUGAAGAACCUCGAUGUGGGGAUAGCGGUAUCUAUAUCUAGUCUUACGACAAGCUCUGCUAAAGAAACUUCAGAAAUGCAGAGUGACAAGUCUGAUAUGGCUCCAGGAGGGGGAGAAGCACUUGGAAAUGACUGUAGCCAAAAUAUUGAAUUAAAGGGAAAGAGGGAUGAGGGGGUGGAUACAACCCCUGAACUUAUUACCGUGUGUUCAGGUGGCCAUUCAGUGGAUGGAUCUGGGGCUACGGAGACUGCAGCUGCGGCAAACAGUUCUCCACUGAUACUGGCAGAUGCCAUUGAUCCAAGAAAGGCAGAAAAGGGCUGGGCUGCAUCUACCCCAAAAGCUUCUUCAAAUGGGAAGCCCACAUGUCAAGGAGAAGAGAUUCUGGCCCAAGGAUUAGUUAAUGAUUUAGUGCCAGAGGAUGAGCUCACUGAAGACUUAAAGGACAGCAGUGAAAUCUCUGCUGCUUCCCGAUCAAGCCAUCACCGCCCAAAUAAACUUCACAAGAAGAGGAGCGUGUCACUUGUGGAGAAGUACUCGCUUGCCAACAAAAGGAAAAGUGCCGUUCGGAAAUCCAUGAGCAGGGCAAUUGCCAAGAAGAAAGCAGCUCAGGACUCUUCAUCUGCCUCUAGUCGAGUAAGCUGCCAUAGUUCCGUUGAAGUAUUUUUGGAUGAUGAAACCAGCAAACAUGGACUCUACCGAAAACGCCUUCUGCUUUGGAUGAACAGACUGAUGGUUAGCUAUGCUGUGCAAAGUCCAGUUCAACUUGAGAAGCAGCAAAACAAAGUGUGCGGUAAAGAGACACUUGAAACUAAAUCUGACUCCCAGAUCAAUGGUUCUGAAGUUUCAGCCCAGAACAGCAAUCCUCUUGAACAACUGAAGAAUAGUCGGAAACGAAGUUAUAAACAAGCCAUUAGUGAGCUGCCUGCUGCUCAGCACACGCAAGAUGAAAGCCCUUUCAUUUCCACUCACAAAGCCACAUCGUCUCCUACGAAAAAGGUGGUGUCCUCCUCCUCUGGCCCAUCCAAGAUCAUACGACCCUUCAAAAACUUCUUUCAGUCCAUGCAGAAGAAUCAUCUACUCAAAUCCCCUGGAUCUCCAGGGCACAAUACUGUCAGACGUAAGACUCCCACUAAACCUGCAUUGAAGGGGGAGUUCGUUGAAAAAGAGCGGCAGCGUUUGGAGAGUCUGAGGAAAAAGCAAGAAGCAGAACAGCAAAGGAAGCAGAAAGUGGAGGAAGAAAAGAGACGACGACUGGAAGAGAUAAAAAGAAAGCGUGAAGAGCGUCUAAGAAAGGCACUGCAAGCUCGAGAACGCGUGGAGCAGAUGGAGGAAGAAAAGAAGAAGAGAAUAGGACAGAAGUUCUCCCAACUUGAGGAAAGGAGUGAGAAGGUGCGAGAAGAGAAAAUGACCGAGGAAAAGACCAAGAAAAAAAUGUCUAUUAAGAAAAUGGGGGAAACAGAAGCCCGAAAACAGAAACUGCUGCAGAUGGAAGAAGAGUCAAAAGUUCAAGAGCUCCCAGAAAGAUGGAAGACAGUUGGGGAAAUUAAGAAAAUGUUAGAGCACAAUAGUGCACACCAGGGGAAAGGGUACCAUGGACAGCAAGAUAAAGAGAGACUGAUGAAACCUCUGGAGUUGGCAGUUGUUACAGAAGAGGAGGAAAAUCUGAAGGAGGAACAGAACCCUACACACCUAGAACAGCCACAGAAGGAAAAGAAAACUGCACAGGUGGACGCCGUUCCUGCUGCCAGCAAAUGGCUGAAUAUAACUGCUCAGAAAUCUCCUCUUGGCAGCUCCAACCAAGCGAGCUCCCAAGAUCUGAAAGAUGCCACAUCCCUCAAAGUCAAUCCCAAUGACUAUGGAAUGGAUUUGAAUAGUGAUGACUCCACUGAUGAUGAAAGCCAGCCCCGCAAACCCAUCCCUUCAUGGGCCAAUGGGCUUCAGCUUAACGAAGCUGUCACAUACCAGUACUACAACCCUCCAGACAUCACCAGGUUAUUUGGAAUAAUACUGAGCCCUAAGCUAGAGGAUAUCUUCUACAAAAGUAAACCAAGGUAUUUCAAGCGCACAAGUUCAGCCGUCUGGCAGUCCCCACCUCAACCUGGUACCAAAACAGCGUUGCGUGCAUCCAACAGCAUGAAAAAAUACUGAGCCUGUCAUUGAUGUCACCUGUUUUUUGGUCUUUCAGAUCUGUGUAAGAUGCAUCUGUAAACCAUUUUAAU